UUUAUUUAUUUUUAAUCACUCAGUGGAAUUAAUUGGAGACCGAGUUUGUCGUCCCCCAUUAUUGUGGAGAGAGCAUUCGGUUGUCUCAAGGCUAUUUACUGGCCCAGAGGAGCUGCCUUCACUGAGGGAACUUGUGAAGAAGACCCCCCACCCACCCCGUCACCUGUCACCUGUCACCUGUCACCCGUCACCUAGCCAUCAUCGAUACUCCAGUAGCUUAUAGACCAUGAUGCCUUUCUGCCUCUCAUCAGGGUCCCACCCGUUGGACAAAGCAGGGUUCUUCUCUCUUGGUUCAUUUGCCUGGAUGACGGCCAUGAUAUGGAGAAUUUUCCAGAACCGACUGGACCGAAGCUCUCUGGUUCUCUCACCGCACGAUGGAGCCAGCGCCAACGGGAACCGGAUGGAGCAGUUGUGGCAGGAGGAGGUGUCUCGUGUGGGCCUGGAGAAGGCGUCUCUGGGGAGGGUGGUGAUGCGCUUCCAGAAGACCCGCCUCUUCCUCAGUGCCAUCACCUGCAUCCUGCUGGCAGGGUUCACGUUCAUUGGACCGGCUGUGUUGGUGUAUGAGAUCCUGAAGUAUGUGGAGACUCCAGGUCACCUCUCUCUGAGUUACGGUUUGGGAAUGUGCUUCGCCCUCUUCAUCUCAGAGCUCAGCAAAACCUUCUUGUACACGUUGGUAUAUGCCAUCAGCCUGCGCACGGCUACACGCGUCAAAGGAGCGCUCUCCACGCUCGUCUUCAGGAAGAUCAUCAACAUGCGCAUCAUCACCAGUGUGUCUGUGGGACAGGUCAUUAACGUGUUGACGACAGAUAGCCAACGGAUGUUUGAUGCGGUGGCGUUCGCCCCCUUUAUGCUGUUCGGUCCACCAGCAUCACUUCUGCUCAGCAUCUUCUACAGCUGCUAUGUUCUUGGAUACACCGCCCUCAUUGGAAUCUCUGUCUACCUGGUCGCUAUGUCUGCACAGUUCUGGUUUAACAGGGUGAUAAACAUGUUCCGGAGUGAAGUUGCCGUGGUAACGGAUAGCCGAGUGCACAUCAUGAACGAGGUUCUCAAUUGCAUCAAGCUCAUCAAGAUGUACGCCUGGGAGGAGUCCUUCCAGAAGAAGAUUGCAGAUGUCCGUAAAGAAGAGAGAAGCCUUCUCCAGAAGGCUGGUUAUGUGCAGAGUCUAAACAAUGCUAACACAACCAUUGUCUCCGCCCUGGCCACCAUCCUCAUGUUUGUCAUUCAUACACACCUCGGACUUCCUCUGAACUCCUCCACGGCUUUCACCACCAUUGGCAUCUUUAAUUCAAUGAAUUUCUUUCUGAGCUUUCUGCCGUUGAUUGUCAAAAGUGUGGCUGAAGCCAUUGUGUCUCUCGCACGUCUCAAGGAGCUGCUGUUGCAGCAGAACCCUGAGUCCUAUCUGACCCGGAGGAAGGGGCUGGGAGCGGCUCUGGUGAUGGAGAACGCCUCCUUCUCCUGGACCUCACCUGAGACCACACACAAAAACACACACACCUCAGAGAACAAACCCACCCUCAGAAACAUCAGCUUCACCCUGUCCAAGGGAAAUCUGCUAGGAGUUUGUGGAAAUGUGGGCUGUGGAAAAACAUCUCUCAUAUCCAGCAUCCUAGAACAGAUGCACCUACUGAAGGGUUCAGUGAUGGCGGACGGGGCGUUUGCCUACGUUUCCCAGGAGGCCUGGAUCUUCCACGGAUCUGUGAAGGACAACAUCCUCAUGGGAGAGCCUUUCAACCAGCAAAGGUAUAGUGAAGUAAUCAGGGCAUGUUCCCUUGAGUCAGACUUGGCCAUACUCCCCUACGGUGACGAGACUGAGAUUGGUGAGCGUGGACUGAACCUGUCGGGCGGUCAGAAGCAGCGGAUCAGUCUGGCCCGAGCGCUCUACUCAAACCGGGACAUCUACCUGCUGGACGACCCGCUGUCUGCAUUGGACGCUCAUGUUGGCAAACACAUCUUCAAGGAGUGUGUGAAAAAGGCCCUGAAGGGCAAAUCGGUCAUCCUGGUCACUCACCAGUUACAGUACCUGGAGUUCUGUGAUGAUGUGCUGCUUCUUGAGGAUGGUGAGAUUAAGGAGGCGGGGACACACACGUCUCUGAUGAGGGCUCAGGGACGCUACGCUCAGCUCAUCAACAACUUCCAGCUGGAGCAGACGAACGAGAAGAAUGUGGAACUGCAAACAGAACAAGACAAAAACACAAGCAACGGAGAAAUCAACCCUGCUUUUGACAUGUCGGAUGAAGUGAAUGAGGGAGAAGAUGCUGGUCAUACUCCUGACAAGACAGAUUCGGAGCACCAGCUGGUCAAACAGGAAGUCACUCAGAAGGGAUCAGUGACAUGGCGGAUAUACCACCAGUACUGCAAAGCUGCAGGAGGUUAUAUCCUUCUCUCCUUCAUCAUGCUGAUUUUUGUUCUGCUGGUGGGGACGACGGCCUUCAGCAACUGGUGGCUCAGCUACUGGAUUGAACAAGGAUCAGGGAACUGGACGAACUCCACUCUUCAGGGGGCCUCUGCAGGAGACGUCUCCCUUAAUCCUGACCUCCACUUCUACCAGAUGGUCUACGGCCUCACUGCGGUUGCCAUGGUAAUCUUCAGCCUCAUCAAAGGCUACUGCUUCACCAAGGUGACGCUAGGUGCCUCCUCCAAACUCCAUGACACAAUGUUUCACAAGAUCCUCUUCAGUCCGAUGAGCUUCUUUGAUACCACACCCACGGGCCGCAUGGUGAACCGGUUCUCCAAGGACCAGGAUGAGCUGGACACAGCUCUGCCCUUCCACAUGGACAACUUGCUGCAGUUCGGCCUCAUGACCACCUUCAUCAUCGUCAUCGUCUCCUCCGUCUUCCCCCUCAUGCUCAUUGCCAUGGUCGUGUUCGGACUUGUCUGCGUGCUCCUCUUCAAUGUGUCCCAGCGGACCAUCCGUGAAAUGAAGCGUUUGGAGAACGUGAGUCGCUCACCGUGGAUCUCUGUCACUACCUCAGUCAUCCAAGGCCUCAGUACUGUACAUGCCUACAACAAGAGAGAGCAGUACAUCGAGCAAUUCCAUCACGUAAUGGACACCAACUCUAACCAUCUCCUGCUGUUUUACUGUGGCAUACGCUGGCUGGUAUUCUGGUUGAACACAAUGUCUUCCACGGCUGUCCUGUUGGUGGCGCUGUUCGUUGUACUCAGCCCAGACAUCAUCAGCCCCUCCAUGAAGGGCCUUGUCCUGUCCUACAUCAUAGAGCUCACUUCGUUGCUGCAGUAUUCUUGUAGGAUUUUUUCGGAGCUGGAAGCCAGAUUUACCUCAGUUGAGCGGCUGAUGGAGUACAUCACGGGUUGUGUGUCAGAGGCUCCUCGGCGGGUGCAGGGAGUUCACAUUCCAGAGGGUUGGCCCCAUCAAGGUUCCAUCACCUUCAAGGACUACAACAUGCGUUACCGGGACAACACACCCAUUGUGCUCAACAGCCUGUGCUUCACCAUCAAGCCCAAAGAGAAGCUCGGCAUUGUGGGAAGGACUGGAUCUGGGAAGUCAUCUCUGGGCGUGGCGCUGUUCCGCCUGUCUGAGCCAGCAGGGGGCACUGUGCUGAUAGACGAGGUGGACACCAGUUCCAUCGGCCUGCAGGACCUCAGGAGUCAGCUGUCCAUCAUCCCACAGGACCCAGUGCUCUUCAUAGGAACAGUCAGAUAUAACCUGGACCCGUUUGAUAAGCACAGCGAUGGGGAGAUCUGGCAAGCUCUGGAGAAGUGCUAUAUGAAACAUACGAUCUCACAGCUUCCUGAACAUCUGGAGGCUCUGGUUGUGGAAACUGGACAGAACUUCUCAGUGGGGGAGAGACAGCUGCUGUGUAUGGCCAGAGCACUGCUGAGGAACUCUAGAAUCAUCUUGCUGGACGAGGCCACGGCCUCUAUUGACUCGGAGAUGGACUCCCUGGUGCAGCAGACCAUCCGGGAUGCCUUCAGAGACUGCAGUGUCCUCACCAUAGCCCACCGCAUCAACACCGUCCUGCAGAGUGACCGCAUCCUUGUUAUGGACAAUGGAGAAGUGGCAGAGCUGGACCCUCCGGAGGUUCUGAUGCAGCGGCCAGACUCUCUGUUCUCCUCCCUGCUGGCAGCAGCUAACCAGGUCAACUCGUGAUGAAGGACACACACACACACGCACGCGCACACACACACACACAUACAUACAUAUACAUGGACACUCACACACACACACACACAUACAUGGACACGCACGCACACACACGGAAAAUUCUGCAUGGUCAUUGCCAGGGACAUUAUGUCACACUCAUGUGGGCAUUAUUUAUGUUUUAUCGUCUAAAGAAGUGUAUUUGUAUGUAAAUGUGUAUUUUUAAAGUAUUUUUAACAUAUUAGAUUUUAUUGUAUGUCUUGAUAAAGACAUUGUUAUAAUAAAUAACAAUAAAUAAAAACACUGACCCAUGUGGCUAGAUGGGGUUGUGUGAUAAUACUAUACUAUAUGUUAUAAGGUUAUAGUUUCUAGAAUCAAGGAAUUUAAACUGU